AUGGUGCCUCCGAGAGAAGAAAUUUCCGCGAGAACGAUGCGAGCGAGGAGGAGGACGUCUUUAAAGACGAAAAAGUUUAAAGACGAGGACGCGAGAGAGGCGGAGGAAACCGACGAGGACGAGGACGACGGGGAAAACGACGCCCCGGAUGGAUUAAAAAAUGAACGGAAAUUGAGUAGCCGACACCACCGUCUUCGUGAUAUCGACGAGGAAGAGAACGACAUUUUGACGAGAGGAAGUCGACGUCCUCCUCCUAAACAAAACACAGGUGGAACACUACACAACGCAGGAGGAGGAGGAGGAGGAGGACACGUUCCGACGACGACGAGGCCCGAGACGAGGGAGAUGUCAGAUUUGGGAGCAGAAGACCACGGGGGGAGGAAAUCUUUCUUUGGUAUCGACGCGACGACGACGACGACGACGACGGGAACACCGCCUUCUCCUCUUCCUUCAUCGCGAGGAAGGAACAACACCCACGGUGGUUCGAAAGAGGGAAAACAUCAUCAACGGUUCGUCAUCUCGUGGAAGAAAAUCGCGCGGAACGUGGCGCCGUUUUGCGUGUUGAGCGUUCAGUACGGCGCGCAGCCUCUGUUGACGAAGAAGUUCAUAUCGGCGAACGUUUCGAGCUUAGGCGUCGUCGCGGCGACGGAGUGCGUGAAGAUUGCGUUGUGUUUGAUUUCGAUGCGAAUGCAAGGUCCGAGGGAGAUUCGUCGGCAGUUUGGGAAGGUGAGGUUGAACGUGUUUGCUUUGAGCGUGGUCCCCGCGAUUGUGUAUUCCAUUCAAAACAUGUUGAUGCAGUACGGAUACCACUCCGUCGACCCGGUGUUAUUCAACUGCUUGAAUCAAACGAAAAUCAUAUGGACCGCGUUGUUCGUGUACGUCGUGUUUGGGACGAAACAGACAUUCGUUCAGUGCUUGAGUUUACUCGGGUUGAUGUUAGCGAGCGUGAUUUUACAAAUCAAAGAGAUUUUAGAACCAGCGGUGGACGCGCAAAAAUCGUUGGGAUCGAGCGGCGACGUAAACGGAACGGACGCGAGUGGCAUGACGGUGAUUGCGGAGGAAGAGUACGCGAGAUAUUUAGGAGUAAUUGCCGUAACCGCGGCGUCUUGUUUGAGUGGACUUGCAAGCACGAGCACUCAAAUUUCGCUGCAAGCGUUGCGACGAUCCGCGCAAGUGUUGACGAUUGAAAUGGCCAUCGCUUCUAUACCGAUCGUCUAUUUCGUCCACGUCUCCAAGCUGGCAUUUGGCGACGAACUCUUCGUGCAACAAGCGCAACCUCAUCUCCAUGAAGAACAAGACGAGACGGCGGCGACACCAACACCAACCGGUAACCUCGUCUCCUCCGCGGCCAUCCAACGUCUCCUCUACGCCGGCUCCACCAAGUGGUCCUCCAUGUUUGACAACUUCACCUUCCUCACGUUCAUACCGAUCUUCACUUCCGCCAUCGGUGGCAUUUGCGUCGGUCUGGUUACCAAAAACCUCGGCUCCGUCGCCAAAGGAUUCGCCAUCACGCUCGGUUUAAUCUUGACCGGCGUCAUCGAAUCCGUCACUCGAGGCGAGAUGCUCCAAACCGAACAAAUCGUCGGUCUCCUCUUGGUCGGUGCGUGCACGCACGCGCACACCGUCUACGCCGUUCACGAACCGUUAGUCACGAAUAGUCAAAUUAGAAUAGCUCAAGCAAACGCGGAGAGAAGAGAUAGGCAGAAGAAGCGCAUUCGGGACCAGAGCGCUAAGAAAUUCGCGUAG